AAAGCCCAGCUGGAGGAUUGGGAUUGGUGUGUGUUAGGUAGUCACCUCCUUGACGUUUUUGGUGACAUGGAAUAGGAUCCAAAGCUGACUGCCAACACCCUUGGGCCAAGGAUGUGCACAGGAGAGGUGCCCACUGAUCCCUUUGAAUUCACUGUUCCUCCUGUUCUUAUCUAAGAGUCUUGGAUAAUGUUUAAAGGAUUCUGCUUCAAUAUUUGGUAUUGGACAAAUUCAAAAUCUCUUCUUCAACUUUUGAUCUCCUGCUCUAUUGCCUUCCAGCUUUAACUUACUUGUGAUCCCUUCAAAUAUUUUACAUGGUUUGCAAUGGUUACAUGAGCUUGUGGGAAGUGAUAUUUGCACCAUCUCAUACUUUAUUCACUAUGGCACUUUAGGAAAAGAAAUUAGAAUAAACUUCCAAAGCAGUAUUUUGAAAAAUGAAUCUUAUUGUGAAGCUUCGGAGAAGUUUUCGAACAUUGAUUGUUCUCUUAGCUACCUUUUGCUUGGUGAGCAUUGUCAUUUCUGCCUAUUUUCUCUACUCUGGCUAUAAACAGGAAUUGACGCUUAUUGAAACCACUGCAGAAGCAGAAUGUGCUGACAUCAAAAGUCUACCAUAUCGGUCAUUGGAGCUAAAAACAGUUAAACCUAUUGAUACAUCCAAAACUGAUCCUACUGUCCUCCUGUUUGUGGAGAGCCAGUACUCUCAACUUGGUCAAGAUAUCAUAGCUAUCUUGGAGUCUAGUCGAUUUCAGUACCAAAUGGUCAUUGCCCCCGGCAAGGGGGAUAUACCUCCUCUUACAAAUAAUGGCAAAGGAAAAUAUAUUUUAGUCAUUUAUGAAAAUAUUCUGAAGUAUGUCAGCAUGGACUCAUGGAAUCGAGAGCUUUUAGAAAAAUACUGUGUGGAAUACAGUGUUAGUAUAAUCGGUUUUCAUAAAGCCAAUGAAAACAGCUUACCAACUACACAAUUAAAAGGCUUUCCUUUAAACCUUUUCAAUAAUCUAGCUCUAAAGGACGGUUUUGUCAACCCUCAGUCUCCUUUGCUGCAUAUUACCAAAGCCCCCAAGGUUGAGAAAGGCCCUCUUCCUGGGGAAGACUGGACUAUUUUCCAAUAUAAUCAUUCAACCUACCAGCCCGUGCUUUUAACUGAAUUACAGACAGAAAAAUCCCCUUCAUCUUCAUCCAGCAAACCACUCUAUGCGACAGUGAUUCAAGAUCUGGGACUUCAUGAUGGAAUUCAGCGAGUUCUUUUUGGCAACAACUUAAACUUUUGGCUACACAAGCUCAUCUUCAUAGAUGCCAUCUCCUUCUUGUCAGGGAAGAGACUGACACUGUCCUUGGACAGAUAUAUUCUUGUGGACAUUGAUGAUAUCUUUGUUGGGAAAGAGGGAACAAGGAUGAAUGUCAACGAUGUGAAGGCAUUACUAGAGACUCAAAAUUUACUGCGCACUCAGGUUGCAAAUUUUACCUUCAACCUUGGAUUUUCAGGGAAGUUUUACCACACAGGGACUGAAGAGGAAGAUGAAGGAGAUGACCUUUUGCUUAGGUCUGUGGAUGAGUUCUGGUGGUUUCCUCAUAUGUGGAGCCAUAUGCAACCCCACCUCUUCCACAAUGAGUCAUCUUUAGUUGAACAGAUGAUUCUCAACAAGGAAUUUGCACUGGAACAUGGAAUACCUAUCAACAUGGGCUACGCAGUGGCACCACAUCACUCAGGGGUCUACCCAGUUCAUAUUCAGUUGUAUGAAGCUUGGAAGAAGGUCUGGAGUAUUCAGGUCACCAGCACUGAAGAAUAUCCACAUUUGAAACCUGCACGGUACCGAAAGGGCUUCAUUCACAAUAACAUCAUGGUCCUCCCUCGACAGACCUGCGGAUUGUUCACACACACUAUUUUCUACAAAGAAUAUCCAGGAGGACCCCAAGAAUUGGAUAAAAGUAUCAGAGGAGGUGAACUUUUCCUCACAAUCCUUCUAAACCCGAUCAGCAUUUUCAUGACCCAUUUGUCGAACUAUGGGAAUGACCGCCUAGGGUUAUAUACCUUCAUGAACUUGGCCAACUUCGUGCAGAGCUGGACCAACCUGAAAUUGCAAACUCUGCCCCCAGUGCAACUAGCACACAAGUACUUUGAGCUCUUCCCUGAGCAGAAAGACCCUCUCUGGCAGAAUCCAUGCGAUGACAAACGGCACAAAGACAUUUGGUCCAGAGAGAAAACCUGUGACCACUUGCCAAAAUUCCUUGUCAUCGGGCCACAGAAAACAGGAACAACUGCACUUUAUUUAUUCCUUCUUAUGCACCCUUCCAUCAUCAGCAAUCUUCCCAGUCCCAAAACAUUUGAAGAAGUUCAAUUCUUUAAUGGCAACAACUACCACAAGGGAAUUGAUUGGUAUAUGGACUUUUUUCCUACUCCACCCAACAUUACAAGUGACUUUCUAUUUGAAAAGAGUGCUAAUUACUUCCAUUCAGAAGAAGCUCCCAAGCGAGCUGCAUCUCUGGUCCCCAAAGCCAAGAUCAUUACCAUUCUCAUCGACCCUUCAGACCGGGCAUACUCUUGGUACCAGCACCAACGAUCACAUGAAGACCCAGCUGCCCUGAGGUUUAAUUUCUACGAAGUUAUCACAACCGGACAUUGGGCCCCAUCUGACCUAAAAACUUUACAAAGGAGAUGCCUAGUACCUGGAUGGUAUGCAGUCCACAUAGAAAGAUGGCUGACUUACUUUGCUACUUCUCAGUUGCUAAUUAUUGAUGGACAGCAGCUGAGAUCUGACCCAGCUACUGUGAUGGAUGAAGUCCAGAAGUUUCUGGGAGUUACACCUCAUUAUAAUUAUUCUGAAGCACUAACGUUUGAUCCCCAAAAGGGCUUUUGGUGUCAACUACUGGAAGGAGGAAAGACCAAAUGUCUUGGAAAGAGCAAAGGCCGAAAAUAUCCACCCAUGGAUCCAGAGUCUAGAACUUUCCUCUCUAAUUACUACCGUGAUCAUAAUGUGGAACUGUCCAAACUGCUACAUAGACUGGGGCAGCCUCUGCCAUCCUGGCUGAGACAGGAGCUGCAGAAAGUGAGAUAGCACUGGAGACAAGAACCAAGGCUUGAAGGAUGCUUCCUUUUACUAUUAAAUAGAAAAGCAAACCCCACAACUUUUACCCCCGUACUGCACUUGUGAUUGUCAACAGAGGACUGUGUGA